AAAACUUCCUCGUCCUGGCAUAUACAACGUAAAAGGGAGUGAAUGUUUUAUGUGACUAAAUGGCUAUAUUCAUUUUAUUACUGCUGAAACAGCUACCUCAAAUCUGUGGAUAUGAAGACCUGUCAUUCAACAAAUCAACUGAACAGUAUGAAAGUUAUUGGUGCCCACGUUCAUUUUGUGAAAAUUAUUAUCAUUCACGUAAUGCUGUGGAUAGAAACAAUGACACUUGUACAAGAACUAGACCUAUUGAACCUAGAAGUUUGUCAAAUCAAACAUGGUGGUAUGUAGAUUUGGGCGGUAUCAACAACGUUUACAAAGUUAACAUUAUAUUUAGGCUGUAUGAACCAAGACGUGAAUUAAGUCAAAGGGGUCGCUUUGCUGGAUUUUCUCUCUUUUUAUCCAAUUCUACGAAUAUUGAGGAAGGAUUGCUGUGUUACAAGGACGGUCCAGAGUUACCUCCACUGGACAUCAAUGUCACGUGUACCGGUCAUGCUCGAUAUGUAUUCUACUAUAACGAAAGAUCACCAGGAGUUAAAUACCCUGAAGACUAUCAAUUGGCUUCUUAUACAGAGUUAUGCGAAGUGAUUGUCUUGGGUUGUAGAACCGGGGUAUAUGGUGAAAACUGCAAUUUGCAGUGUCCAGAAAAUUGCUUUGGAGAAAUGUGUGACAUUGUGAAUGGAACAUGCUAUAGCUGUAAACCUGGAUGGACGGAAGAUUUUUGUGGACAAGAAUGCCCAUCGGGGUCAUACGGAACAUACUGUACAUAUCAGUGUUCAGGACAUUGCCUUAAUAGGCUACCAUGCAAUCACGUGACUGGUGAAUGUCCUGAUGCAUGUGCAGCAGGAUGGACUGGAACAUUUUGUGAAAAAUCAUGUGUUAAAGGAAAAUAUGGCCCAAACUGUUUCUUUAACUGUAGUGGUCACUGCAAGGAUAAUGUUCCGUGUAAUAAAGAAACAGGACGUUGUAAUACAGGGUGUAAUACUGGGUAUAUUGGAAGAUACUGUAGUGAAGCAUGUGACUUUGGAAGAUUCGGAGACAAAUGUGCGAAUAUUUGCAGUGGACAUUGUCUUGACAAUGAAACUUGCAACCAUGUCAAUGGAAUCUGUAUCAAAGGUUCUGCUCCUGGAUAUUUUGGAUCCCUUUGUAGAAAAGUUUGUUCUGAUGGCUCGUACGGUUUGAAUUGCUCUGGAAUUUGUUCUCCUAACUGUAUUGGUACUUGUGGACGUGUCGAUGGUACCUGUAAAUGUGAACCUGGAUUUACUGACUCACCAAACUGUUCAAGGGAAUGUCUCCCAGGAUUUUACGGUGUAAACUGUAAAUAUAGAUGUAGCGGUCAAUGUUUCAAUGAUGAAACAUGCAGCAGAUAUGAUGGAAGUUGCCCUCUAGGAUGUAAAGAUAAUUAUGUUGGAGUAGCCUGUGACUUUCUCCAGGAUAGUUCCACAAGUGCAUCAACAGUUGGACUUUCCAUAGUAGUUGCAGUCACACAGCUGCAACAUUUUAAAGGAAAGAAAUCCCAAGUUUGCAAGUAAAUACACCAAAAGCGAACCGUCUUCUGCUCCAAAUACCAAUAUCUUGGAUGAUAACACACAUAAUUAUCAGGACUUGAAUAUCACCGACGAUAAAAACUCUUAUGAAUUAAUGCAAGUAUCUGAAAAUCAGUGUG